GAGGCUCGCCGGGCCGCGCGCCCCGCCCCUCGGAGGCCCGCCCUCCAGCUCGCCCCCACAGCCCGCUGUGCCUGCGGGUACUGAGCGCUCCGGCAGCCGGCGGUGACCCGGACCCAGCCGCCUCCCCGGCCCGCGCCCCUACUGGAGGGAAGAGCCGCUUUGGGGAGGAGGGAAAGGGACGUGGGGGAGGCCACGGCAGGGUUAACCUCCAUUUCAGCUAAUCAUGGGAGAGAUUAAAGUCUCUCCUGAUUAUAACUGGUUUAGAAGUACAGUUCCCCUUAAAAAGAUUAUCGUGGAUGAUGAUGAUAGUAAAAUAUGGUCGCUGUAUGAUGCAGGCCCCAGAAAUAUCAGGUGUCCUCUGAUAUUUCUUCCCCCUGUCAGCGGAACUGCAGAUGUAUUUUUCCGGCAGAUUUUGGCUUUGACUGGAUGGGGUUACCGGGUUAUAGCUUUGCAGUAUCCAGUUUAUUGGGACCAUCUUGAAUUCUGUGAUGGAUUUAGAAAACUUUUAGACCAUUUACAACUGGAUAAAGUUCACCUGUUUGGGGCUUCUUUGGGAGGCUUUUUGGCCCAGAAAUUUGCUGAAUACACACACACAUCUCCCAGAGUCCAUUCCCUCAUCCUCUGCAAUUCUUUCAGUGACACCUCCAUCUUCAACCAAACUUGGACUGCAAACAGGUCCUUGUUUUACAGCUUUUGGCUGAUGCCAUCAUUUAUGCUCAAAAAAAUAGUUCUUGGAAACUUUUCAUCUGGCCCAGUGGACCCUUUGAUGGCUGAUGCUAUUGAUUUCAUGGUGGACAGGCUGGAAAGUUUGGGUCAGAGUGAACUGGCUUCAAGACUGACCCUGAAUUGUCAAAAUUCUUAUGUGGAACCUCAUAAAAUUCGGGACAUCCCUGUAACCAUUAUGGAUGUAUUUGACCAGAGUGCACUUUCAACCGAAGCUAAAGAAGAAAUGUACAAACUGUAUCCUAAUGCCCGGAGGGCUCACCUUAAAACAGGAGGCAAUUUCCCAUACCUGUGCAGAAGUGCAGAGGUGAAUCUUUAUGUACAGAUACAUUUGCUGCAAUUCCAUGGAACCAAAUACGCGGCCAUUGAUCCGUCGAUGGUCAGUGCCGAGGAACUUGAGGUGCAGAAAGGCAGCCUCAGCGUCAGUCAGGAGGAUCAAUAGUUGUGGUGUUUGUUGUUAAUGAUGCGUGAUCCAGAGAGUUCUUGUACAAUCAUGGCGUCAGUGCCCGCCCGGCGGCCUCUCCAUUCGGCUGUCAGGUUCACCGGUUAUCACUGUGUUUGGAAGUAGGACUGAUUGUCGUCUUUGUGACAGGCGGCAGCUCUUCUAAGCCAGUGUAACUGUUCCCUCUUCGGUUUUUUUAGCUUUUGAAUUUGAGGAAGUACUUUUGAAGACUCCCAUUUUAAGAAUUGUGAAAAUUUUGCUACCAAAAGUCGUCACCACUGUGUUCUUAAGCGAAUAUUAAUUUCUGAAGUUUGGGAUUUUGUGAGGGUUUGUUUCCUUUCUUUUCUUUCCUCCUUUCUUUCUUUUUAUGUUAUUUGCUGUAAAUGCUGCACAUCCAGAUUGUGUAUCAGAAGGACAUCAGUUAUUUUUAUGAAUUCUUGGUUAUUGCCAUUAUCAAGUGCCAAGCUGUCACCUACUGUGUGCUCCCUGCAACAUCAACUACUUCUACUUUCCAGUUAUGCAGAAUCAUUUUCAGUUUUAUCUGUUGUCUUUCUAGCC